UGAAGCUGGACUUGGUCACAAUGUCUUAGUCUGAGAACUGAUAUACAUUGCCGGCCAGCAACAUAUAAAUGUCCGUUUCCAAAACAGAUAAGAGCAGAAAACAGAAACUACAAAUUAAGAACCUUAUUUUCCUUAUAUACGUUGCUAACCAGCAUUUUUCAUUUACUUGCGAAACAUUCAAAUCAAACAUGGCUCAUUACCAAGACUACAUCCUUCUUGUCACCACAUUUUUAGUCUCCACAAUCGUGGUUCGAGCCAUACUCAGCAGAAAACGAAACAAGACUAAUCGACCACCAAGUCCACAAGCCUUACCCAUCAUUGGACAUCUCCACCUUCUGGCUCCAAUACCUCACCAGGCUCUUCACAAGCUAUCUACUCGCUAUGGACCCAUAAUGCACCUUUUCCUUGGCUCCGUGCCCUGUGUAGUGGCUUCCACACCAGAAGCUGCUAGAGAAUUCCUAAAAACUCACGAAAACCAUUUCUCCAACCGCCCGCAGAGUUCUGCAGUUGAUUUUCUAACCUAUGGCUCCCAGGACUUCUCUUUUGCGCCAUAUGGACCUUACUGGAAGUUCAUGAAGAAAAUAUGCAUGUCUGAACUUCUGGGGGGUUCCACUUUAACUCAGCUGCUUCCUGUGAGGAGACAAGAGACGUCAAGGUUUCUGAGGCUUAUGCUCAAAAAAGGGAAGGCGGGUGAGGCUGUUGAUGUCGGGGGAGAACUUUUGAGACUCUCGAAUAACGUUGUGUCGAGGAUGAUUAUGAGCCAAACAUGUUCUGAAGAUGACAGUGAAGCUGAAGAGGUGAGGAAGUUGGUGCAAGACACUGUUCUUCUCACGGGGAAGUUUAAUGUGUCGGAUUUCGUUUGGUUCUUUAAGAACUGGGAUGUGCAGGGGUUCGGGAAAAGACUGAAGGAAAUUCGGGACAGGUUUGACACCAUGAUGGAGAGAGCGAUCAAGGAGCAUCAAGAGGAAAGAAAGAGGAGAAAGGAAGUGGGAAGUGGAAGAGAUGAUGAUGAUGAUCAAAUCAAGGAUCUACUUGAUGUGUUAUUGGACAUACAUGAAGAUGAAAACUCUGACAUUAAAUUGACCAAAGAGAACAUAAAGGCCUUCAUCUUGGACGUAUUCAUGGCAGGAACAGACACUGCGGCCUUAACAAUCGUAUGGGCUCUGGCUGAGUUGAUUAACCACCCAGAUGUGAUGGAGAGAGCAAGACAAGAGAUUGAUGAUGUGAUUGGAAGUGGUAGAUUAGUGGAAGAAUCAGACAUUGUCAACCUUUCUUACCUACAAGCUAUAGUGAAAGAAACGCUGAGGAUUCACCCCACAGGUCCAUUAAUUGUUAGAGAAUCAUCUGAAAGUUGCACUAUCUGGGGCUAUGAGAUUCCACCGAAGACUCAGUUGUUUGUUAAUGUGUGGGCUAUUGGUAGGGAUCCCAACCACUGGGAGAACCCACUUGAGUUUAGACCAGAGAGGUUUCUUGGUGAAGAGGGAAGUGGUAAGAGCCAGUUAGAUGUGAGGGGACAAUAUUUUCAUCUGAUUCCGUUUGGGAGUGGAAGAAGAGGGUGUCCUGGAACCUCACUGGCUUUGCAGGUUGUACAGACCAACCUUGCUGCUAUGAUUCAGUGCUUUGAAUGGAAGGUUAAAGGAGUAAAUGAGACUGUUGACAUGGAAGAGAAACCUGGGUUAACUCUUUCAAGGCUUCAUCCAUUGCUUUGUGUUCCUGUGCCUAGGCUUAAUCCUUUUCCUCCUCUGUGAUACUCAUCACACAAAAAUCAAGAUUGGGUCGGGAGAAAACAAAACAAGAACUUCAAAUUCACAUUUUGGCUCAUUCUUGUUUAUCUGUAGUGUUCAUAUUCAUCACCAAAAAUUUCAGAGCCCGUCUAUAUAUGCUUUUCAAAAUGAAAAGGUUUAUUCCAAAGUUACGUUGUUAUUCAAUUAGAAUUAAGAUUUCGUUCCAAUUA